AUGUAAAUACUUUGGUGGGUUAUAUUAAUAGUCGUCAUUAGCUUAAUAGUAUUUUUUGUUGCAAAAGGGAUAAGAAAUUUAUUAGGGUCAGGAAAUUUAUACAAAAAAGGACAUUUGUAGAAUCUCAAACAUCAUAAUAAUUUUUAUAAUAAGUCCAAAUAAGAACCCUAAUUAGUAUAUGGAUUAGACGAAGCCAAUUAGAAAACAUAAUCAGUUGCUUAUAAUUAAUAAAAUGAAGAAAGAGUCUUAAACAAUAAAGCUGAAUAAAGUUUUGAGAGUGAAGGUAAAAGAGAGAUGGAAUUUUUAAAUUCAGAUAGAAGUCAAAAUCAAAAGCUUAUUAAAUAGAAUAUUCACCCUGGCGAAAUUAAGAAUGAAAACAAUAUCAUUAAUAAUUAUGAUAUGGAUAAGUAAAAUAAUGAUGGUAAAUAAUUUGAGGAUUAGUAGAAUUCAGGAAAAAAUUAAGUUAACUCAGAAAAUAAUAUUUAAAUUAUAGAGAAUGAAAUAAGCAAGUAAUAGGAUGUAGACAACAGAAUUUUAAAAAGUGGUAGGGGAAUAUUGAGCAAAUAGAUAUCGCAGAAAGAGUUUCAAGACUAAGAAAUGCCAUACAGCGAAUCUAGCUCAUCUAAAUUUCUUCCUUUAUUGAACGACCUUUAAAUGAAAAAGUAGAGAAGUGAAGAGGCAGAAUGUUAAAGUGUUUAAAAAUCAAUUGUAAUUUAAAUAGAACCUACUGAUAAUGAAAAUUAGCAGAAGUAUAAAUACCUUAGAAUUAAUAAUAACAAACUUAUGUAUGUUGAGGAUAGGCAUCAUUAUUAUACUGGUGUUGCUUUCUAUUACAAGGUAUAGUAUGACAUGGAUAAUAAUCCAAAGUUUGAAAUUUUCGAAGGAUAAUUUGAUAAAGGUAAGAGAUCAGGCAAAGGAAUACUAUAUGGAGGAAAGUCUAAGUUUAUUAAUUAUGAUGGAGAUUGGAAAGAUGACUAAUAAAAUGAAUAAAAAAAACAAUAACAAUUAGAAGGAGAUGUAAACAUAGAGAUAGAGAAAGCAAUUAAGCCAAAGAAAAAAAUAUAAAUUUUUGAAGAAGGAAAACUGAUUUAAAUUGAUAAAAAAAACUAAAAUUAAAUAUCCUUUGGUUAAUAAAUUUAUUGGGUUAAGUUUAAUGAAUAAUAUUGUACCAAAGAUAUGGAUAUUUUGAAAAGUGGGACAAGUUGGUUUACAAGUUCAAUAAUAGAUGGAUUCGCUCAGUACUUAAAUAUUAUUAUGGAAAAAUAACUUAUAAAUAUGCUUAUAAAGAAAGUGAAAAGGUAUUUAUUUUGCCCUAGUUAUCUAUACACUAAUAUGUCAUAAGAUAGGAUUAAAGAAAAUUUAACUGCUUUCUAAAACUAUAUUUUGGAGUUUGAACCUAUAGAUUUCAAACUUGAGCUUUUAUUUUAAAGAGUGUAUUUUGCUAUCAACAAAAGUAAGACCCACUUUUUCCUAUUAUAUAUUGAUUUUCCUUCGAAAUCCUUAAAUAUUGUAGAUUCUAUAUAAAAAAAUGAAUAUUCCUAUCAAACUGAAAUUAAGAUUUUUCAGAAUAUAUUUUAAUAGCAAAUCACUUCCACAAACAUCAUACCAUGCACCUAAUAAAGAAAUGGUUAUGAUUGUGGACCAUAUACUUGCCUUAAUAUGUAUAAAGAUUUUAAUAAUUUAAUGCAAGUGGCUUGUCCAAAAAUUAAGUAAAAACCAAUUGAUAAUCCUUUGUAAAUGAGGUAAUUUUUAUUUGAUAUUUUAAAGAAUAGUGAUAAUAAUUGA